AUGUCAUCGAGAGCCGGUAGCCCGAGUGCCUUCUCCCCUAUCUCGUGUACUCUGAUACAAGGCGAAUCAGAAGCCGUCUUGGUCGAUACCCCAAUUUCCGUCUCCCAGACUGAAUCCCUGGUUUCGUGGAUCAAGGAAACGGCUGUUGGCAAAGAGUUGAAAUACAUCUACAUUACGCACGGACAUGGGGACCACUGGUUCGGAAUCUCGGUUCUCCAAAAGCACUGGCCGAAUUUACGCGCGAUUGCUACUCCUGCCACUGUUGCCAGCAUGAAGGAGCAGCUUUCCCGGGAGAAAUUUGAGGGAAUCUGGCUGAAACUUUUCCCGGGCGACCAAAUCCCUCAGCCUUUGGUUUUAGCGACGGCGAUGGACUCGGAUACAUUUAAUAUUGAGGGUCAUACCUUCCGGGCUAUUGAAGUUGGCCAUUCCGACACGCAUGAUACAACCAUUCUUCAUGUUCUGAGUAUUGAUCUGGUUGUAGCAGGGGACGUUGUGUACGGGGACGUCCAUCAAUAUUUCGGCGAAGCCAACACCACCGAGAAGAGAAAUGAAUGGCUGCGUGCGAUCGACCUUAUCGAAAGCCUGAAGCCCCAAACUGUGAUCGCAGGGCACAAGCGGGCCGGCACUGUGGACGGUGUAUUCAACUUGAGAGCGACGAGACAAUAUAUCGUCGACUUUGAAAACGCAGUCAAGUCUACAUCAAACUGGCAAGAUUUGUGGGAAAGAAUGAAAGAAUUGUACCCUGGACGCAUAAACCCACAUGCUAUCCUUGCAGGGGCAGUGGCUGCCUUUCCAAACGAGGGGAAGCAAUAA